AUGAAUGAUUUCGCAAGUGAACCAAGUGAAGGCGCUACUUCCAGCCUGUUAGCGCAAAAAUCCCAACUUGAGAGACGUUUUCAACAAAUUUUGGACCAAGUUACACCUUUUGCACCUUACAGAUGGGUAGGUACAUCUGUACUUUUAGUGCUGUUCAUGUUUCGUGUCAUUUAUGCAGAGGGAUGGUAUAUUAUUGCAUAUGCUUUAGGCAUCUACAUUUUGAAUCUGUUCUUGGCCUUCUUGACACCAAAGUUUGACCCAUCUGUCGAAAUGGACACUCAAGCAAGUGAAAUGGAAGAAGGACCAUCCCUUCCCAUGAAGAAUGAUGAAGAAUUCAAGCCAUUUAUUCGUCGCUUACCCGAGUUCAAGUUUUGGUACUCUGUGACCAAGGCAACCGUUAUUUCAAUCGUCUGUUCAUUGAUCCCCUUCUUUGAUAUUCCCGUUUACUGGCCCAUCUUGUUGAUGUAUUUCAUCAUCUUGUUUGGUUUAACUAUGCGCAGACAAAUCAGCCAUAUGAUCAAGUAUAGAUAUAUUCCAUUCGAUUUGGGCAAGAAGAGCUACAGCAACAGAAGAAGAGUAUAG